CCCUCCCCCUCCCUCUCCCUCCCCGAAAGGCCCGUCCGGAAACGCCGCCGCGUCGCCUUCCGCCCCUGGUCCCCCGAUCCCGCCGAGCGCGCCGUCGUCCGCACCGGAUCCGUCCCCCUCCGACUCCCCGGCUGCGACGCCGACGCCGACGCCGCCGAUCCCUCCUCCUCCUCCUCCUAUUCCUCGGCCUUCGCCCCCUCGUCCCCCCCGCCCUGGGGACUGCGCGGACUGAACAACCUCGGCAACACCUGCUUCAUGAACUCCAUCCUCCAGGUCCUCCUCCACGCCCCGCCGAUCCGCAACUACUUCCUCAGCGACCGCCACAACCGCUUCCUCUGCCAGCAGCGGUCGCGCAAGAAGAAGGCGCCCGGCGCCGAUCCGCCGGCCUGCUUAGCCUGCAAUCUCGACGAGAUGUACUCCGCCGUCUUCUCCGGCGAUCGCUCUCCGUAUAGCCCCGCCAAGUUCCUCCAUAGUUGGUGGCAGCAGGCAUCGAACCUGGCUAACUAUGAGCAACAGGAUGCGCAUGAAUUUUUCAUUUCCAUUCUCGACAGAAUCCAUGAAAACAUGGAAGAUGACCAGCACAAAUCUCGAAGCCAAGGCCAUAGAGACUGUUGCAUCGCGCACAGGGUUUUCUCUGGUGUCUUGAGAUCAGAUGUGACUUGCACGAAUUGCGGUUUCACAUCCACCACAUACGACCCUUGCCUAGACAUCUCCUUGGACUUGGAUUCUGGCCGUAACAGUAUGGCCUCCUUAAAACCACAUAUUCGCAAUGGGGAGAAAGACUUGAGCUAUGGAGUAUCCACACUCAUGAGAUGUUUGGAGAGCUUCACAAGGCCCGAGAGGUUGGAUUCGGAGCAAAAAUUCUUUUGUCAACGCUGUAAAGAUAGGAAAGAAUCCCUGAAGCAGAUGUCUAUAAGGAGGCUUCCAUUAGUUACCUGCUUCCAUAUCAAAAGAUUCGAGCAUUCAUCGGUCAAGAAGAUGUCGAGAAAGGUCGACCAUUAUUUGCAGUUUCCAUUUUCUCUUGACAUGACUCCUUAUCUAUCAUCCUCCAUCUUAAGGAGCCGAUUUGGGUACCGAAUAUUUCCUUCCGUUGGUGAUGAUUCCGAUGCAGCUAAUGAACUAUCAUCGGAAUUCGAGAUAUUUGCCGUGAUUACACACAGCGGCAGAUUAGAUGCUGGCCAUUAUGUAACUUAUCUCCGGCUUAAUGAUCACUGGUACAAGUGUGAUGAUACUUGGAUAACAAGUGUGGAUGAGAAUAUCGUGAGGGCGUCACAAGCGUACAUGUUGUUCUAUGUACAGAAGAUGCUCUGCUAUGAGGCAAGAGAAGGUGUGGCUGCAUCAUAAUUUUAAUGAAAGACGGAUUUGGGAGUUUUUAGAACUAGAUUGACGGCCCUAAAUUUCAUAGAAAAUCCUUUAAUCUCUUUCGUAUGAGAGAUUGGUGGAUUUAGGGCGCUUUCAAUCAAUCAAGAGCUAAAUAGAUGAUCUUGGGAAUUUCGGGAAAGAAGGGAAUUUGAUGGGGAAAAUCAAAGUCAAGACUCAUUUAAGAGGGAAGUGGCGGAGAAGAAAAUCGGUCGAAGUUUGGAUUUCCGCUUCCUAAUUCACCUACUAUUAUAAUUUAAGGAUAGAGAUGGGCGGUUUUCGCAUUGAUGCCAAAACAAUUUUGGCAUUGUUUUGAUGUGCGGCAAUGUUUUCUAACCAGUUAAUUGCUGAUAAUUUAUAAAGCACAAACAGAAAUGAGGAUAAAAGGAACCUAUUUUUUUUGCGGUGUUCCUUCCAAUAGAAAAGCUUUGUACUAGAGUACAAUUUUGCUAAAUGAUCUGUUUCCUCUUAUUAUCUCUCUGUCUUUCUCUAAUUUUUUGCCGUGUUUUCUGUGCCAUAUUUUUUGUGGUUAUGAAAAGAGAAUUCAUGCCUUUAUUUUAGUUUACAAAGGCGGAAGGCCCCAUGCUUUGCGAGAAGUCCCAGUCAGUUAAGAGAGGACGAUACAGAGGGAUAAGGAGAAUAGAUGACGGGAUAAAGAGGGAAAAGGAGAAAGGACGAGGAGAUGAAGAGGGAAAAUGAGAGGGGUGGACAAAGGAGAGAUUGUGCAACAUUGCAUAAGAAUGAUUUCUCAUGUGCAUGAUUUGGUUUCUGCUCUUUAUGACACUGAUACUAAUCGUUUGGAAACCCAUUCUGCAAAUGCAUUGACUGAGACAAAAUUCCUGCAAAUACAACCACUUGAUCAGAAUGUAUUUAGUCACUGUAGAAAAAAUUUGUUCAACAUGUAUAUAUGAUUUCAUA